CCCGCGUCACAUGACAGGGGAGAGGAGUGUGACACGGCACUAGCUAUUUUCUGCUAACACAGCUUAGCAAGUUUGUUGACUUUAGCGUUUGCUCGUUCUUCCCCAUAAUCGGAGACGAGACACGAAAAUGGACAACAGCGGGAAAGAAAAGGAAGCGAUGGCCUUAAUGGCGGAGGCCGAAAAGAAAGUAAAAUCGUCUCAGUCGUUUUUCGGAGCGAUGUUUGGGGGCUCCUCCAAGUUGGAAGAAGCCUGUGACAUGUACGUGAGGGCAGCCAACAUGUUCAAAAUGGCUAAAAACUGGUGUGCUGCAGGAAAUGCGUUUUCCCAAGCCGCUCACCUUCACCUGCAGAUGCAGAGCAAACACGACGCAGCGACUAAUCUCAUCGAUGCUGGAAACGCCUUCAAAAAAGCAGAUCCACAAGAGGCCAUAAACUGCUUAAACCGAGCUAUCGAAAUAUACACAGACAUGGGGCGUUUCACCAUCGCAGCCAAACACCACAUCUCCAUCGCAGAAAUAUACGAGACAGAGCUGGUGGACAUCGACAAGGCAAUUGCUCAUUAUGAACAGGCUGCAGAUUAUUACAAAGGUGAAGAAUCCACCAGUUCAGCAAACAAGUGCCUUCUGAAAGUAGCGACCUACGCGGCUCAGCUGGAGCAAUACCCCAAGGCCAUUGAGAUUUACGAACAGGUUGGAACCCACGCGAUGGACAGCACGCUCCUGAAAUAUAGCGCCAAGGAUCACUUCUUCAAGGCAGCCCUCUGUCACUUCUGUGUAGACAUGCUGAACGCAAAACUCGCUGUGCAGAAGUACGAAGAAAUGUUCCCGGCUUUUUCAGACUCUCGAGAGUGUAAACUGUUGAAGAAACUUCUGGACGCCUACGAAGAACAGAACGUGGAUGCCUACACUGAUUCGGUGAAGGAGUUCGACACCAUUUCCCGGCUGGACCAGUGGCUCACCACCAUGCUCCUCCGCAUCAAGAAAACCAUACAGGACGAAGAGAGCGACCUCCGCUGAUCUACCUCCCGCUUCGUUCCCCCCAGCUGACUUGCAUCCUCCUUUCUUUUUAUUUUAUUUUUUUUUUUUGCCUUGUGCCUCUCACUUCCAUUCUAGCAGCGUAGCUGAUAUUUCGAACCUCGUAUUCUCUCACGGAUGCUGUGCUUCUUCUUCCUGCCGUCUGCAGUAUUCUUUCUUGCCUUUUAAUCCUAAAAAAAAUUAUGGUCUUCAUAGUUACGAACACUAUUUUCCCGAGUGCACGCUGCACAAUUUAUGUUAAGUGUAUGUUGUUGUUAUGAUGCAGGUAUUGACCUUAUUUUUGGUUAAGAUACUCGUAACCGGGCGGCAAUACCAAAUACUCAUACCAGCAGUGUAAAAAAUAAAGGUUUUAUUUUAUUUUCUAUGGUCACAAAAUUGAUUAGAGGAGGUCUGUUUAUUAACACUUUGAUCUACAAAAUGCUUUAAAAUAAACUUCACUAAAAAAUGCUCACCUUUUACCGGAGCACUCAACAGUGGAUGUUGGUUCUUGGUCGUUUGCAGGGCUCCUCUAAUCGAAACAGCACUUCAUCUCAUCUGCAGAGCAAAGAGGUUAUUCCACGGCAGAUACUCUCUUCCCCCCCAACUCUGCCUCACAAAUUUCUCAGGAUGUGGACGGCUGGAUUUAAAAUGAAUCUUGCUUUUUAUCAGCAUUCGUAAAUAAUUUGAGAUGUAAUUUGGGAGGUUUUUUCCGUCACUUCACUUCUGUUGAAAGUGCUUUUAUUCCAGAAAAAAAAGAGGGGGAAUGACGACCCAUUAUCAGAAAUUUCCUGGUUUCGUAUGGUUGAGAACAGUUUUACAUUGUGUAGGAAUGUGUGGCGUUUUUUUUUUAGUAUUUUAUUUUUGUCUGAUUUUUGUUUUUCUGUCAUAAAUAACCAGGCUUGAAAAAAAAAAAAAAAAAAUCAUUUUUUCAAAGCCUGUUGAGAGAUGCAAUACUUUGAUGAUAAAGAUGAGCUUUACUGAUCUGAACACUGUGCUCGUGUGUGUGUUCUCAUGUGCUCACCUUCCUGAUAAUUUUUUUUUUUUGGUCUUAAAUAAUUUGUGAUGUUUCCUGUCAAACAUUUACUAAUAAUAAAACCUUUCUGUGUA